AAAACCCAGAGCCCCCAGCCCAUGCCUCUGAGGGGUCACUAGUGGUACUCCUCCACUCCGGCUGAGACUGACGUGCCCAGGACAGGAUCAGGAAGGCAGGAAGGUAUAUCCUGACCAACAGAGAGAAACAUCCUCCAGGCUGGGGGUGCUGGGGAAACUCUAGUUCAGCAAAGAGUUAAAAGAGAACUGCUCUGGAGUGAAACCUUCCCAGAAGAAACUCUGCUGGAGGCCUGGAUUGCCUCCAAGAAGCCAGUGGGAACCGAAGCUUCCCUCUACCCAUCAUGAUGAGAUGAUGGAAUAACGAAAUGCAGAGCUAUCCUUAGGAGAUGACAUCUGUGACCCAUUUCAUGUGGCCAUCCACCCAUUGGUGAAACUACUAUGGUUUCUUGCGAGAAGAUGGGAAAAUGUGAAGAGUACAUGGAUAUUUGGUGAGCAAUAAAUAUGUCAUGCAUGGCAUUCAAGACCAUUUGUGAUCUACUCCCAAAGAAGGCAUUUUUAACGUCCGAGGAAAAUGCCCUACAAGUCGACGCUAGGACCCUGCCCGCAGACGCUUUAAUUCGGGAGGAGAUGGCUCGGCGGUCUCCCGGGAUGGAGGCUGCCAGCAGAGUCUCUCCGGCGCCGCCUGCUGCGAUCGCGCCGCUGCUGCAUCUGUUUCCCGGCUCUUUCAUACCUUCCUGGCUUGAGCCCGCCUUCCUUCUCCCAUUGGCUGUCUCCCGUUCUCCCGCCUCUCUCAGCGCAGCCAAUCGGAGCCUGGACCAUCAGCACGUGCCCAUCGACAUCCAGACCAGCAAGCUGCUCGACUGGCUGGUGGACAGAAGGCACUGCAACCUGAGAUGGCAGAGGCUGGUGCUGACGAUCCGAGAGAAGAUCAAUGUUGCCAUCCAGGACAUGCCAGAGAGCGAAGAGAUCGCCCAGCUGCUCUCUGGGUCCUACAUUCACUACUUCCACUGCCUAAGAAUCGUGGACCUUCUCAAAGGCACUGAGGCCUCCACGAAAAAUAUUUUUGGCCGGUACUCUUCACAGCGAAUGAAGGAUUGGCAGGAGAUUGUGGCCCUGUAUGAGAAGGACAACACCUACUUGGCGGAACUCUCUAGCCUCCUGGUUAGGAACGUCAACUACGAGAUCCCCUCGCUGAAGAAGCAGAUUGCCAAGUGCCAGCAGCUCCAACAGGAGUACAGCCGCAAGGAAGAAGAGGGCCAGGCUGGGGCUGCCGAGAUGCGGGAGCAGUUCUACCACUCCUGCAAGCAGUAUGGCAUCACGGGAGACAAUGUGCGAAGAGAACUGCUGACCCUGGUGAAGGACCUGCCGAGCCAGUUGGCUGAGAUUGGAGCUGGGGCUCAGACUCUAGGGGAAGCCAUUGACCUGUAUCAGGCCUGUGUGGAGUUUGUGUGUGAAAGUCCUGCAGAGCAGGUGCUGCCAAUGCUGAGAUACGUGCAGAAGCAGGGAAACUCAACGGUGUAUGAAUGGAGGAUGGGGACAGAGCCCUUGGUGGUGGAGCGGCCGCAUCUUGAGAUGCCUCCCGAGCAGGUGGAAGAAGAUGUGAUCGAUUGGGGCAACUUUGGGGUGGAGGCAGCUUCUGAAGGGAUUGACUGCAGCAUCUCUGCCGAGGCGGCUGGAAUCAAUUGGGACAUCUCCCUGGAAGCAGACUCAGCGGAUGCCGGGAGUGAUGGAAUAGACUGGGGAGAUGAUGGUUCCGCUCUGCAGAUCACAGUGCUAGAAGCUGGAACCGAGGCUCCAGAAGGUAUUGCUAGGGGCCCAGACGCUCUGACACUUCUUGAACACUCUGAGACUCGGAAUCAGUUCAUCGAUGAGCUCAUGGAGCUCGAGAUCUUCUUGUCUCAGAGAGCAGUGGAGAUGAGUGAAGAGGAAGACAUCUUGUCCAUGAGCCAGUUCCAGCUGGCUCCAGCCAUCCUGCAGGGCCAGACCAAAGGAAACAUUGUUACCAUGGUGUCAGCACUGCAGGAUCUGAUUGGUCACCUCACCAAUCUUCGGAUGCAACACCUGUUUAUGAUCCUAGCCUCACCAAGGUAUGUGGACCGAGUGACUGAAUUCCUCCAGCAAAAGCUGAAGCAGUCCCAGGUACUGGCCUUGAAGAAGGAAUUGAUGGUGCAGAAGCAGCAAGAAGCGCUUCAGGAGCAGGCAGCUCUGGAGCCCAAGCUGGACCUGCUGCUAGAAAAGACCAGGGAGCUGCAGAAGCUGAUUGAAGCUGACAUUUCCAAGAGAUACAACGGGCGCCCUGUGAACCUGAUGGGAACUUCCCUGUGACACCCCUCUGCCUUCUUGCUUCCUGCCCUUCUCAGCCUUCAACAUGGAGGUGGCACAGGCAGGGCUCCUGUUGUGGGACCUUGUCUCGGCAAGAAACGAGGCAAACUGGAGGAUGGAAAGCCAUGUGAAGAAACUGUCACCCUGAUGGGGAGAAGUGGAGGCUGUUACCAUGCCACUCACUGUGCUCUCUACAAGAUGCUGUCUUGAUUGGCCCUGUGGCCUGGUUAGCCUGAAAUCACAGCUUCUCCUUGUGGUUAGUCUAGUUGGGCUUAAUAAAAGAGGAAAAGACACUUGA